AUGAAUCAGACAUGUGAGGAGUGGAUCACAGUGGAAUCAGACAACACGAUCAAGAUCCCUGAUAAAUUGAACGACCUAGACCAAAAAGCUGACCGACAUGGCCGUGAUGGGCCUAUUCCAGGGCUUGGUGAAGCCCUGCCCAACUUGUCGGCUUUUACUGAUCAUCCCAAACCAGCCCGCCGACUAAAGAAGAAGGCCAAUUCUUUCCAAUGA